UUAAUGGAAAAUUAGUUCUUCGUGAUGUUGUAUUAUUACAGAAUGGAAAUAAUAAUAAUAAUUGUGAUUCUUUCACGAAAAACAAAGAUGAGAAUAACAUUAAUAAUCUUAACCGUCGACUAGAACCCUAUGAAUGUUUUGCAACUUUAGUAAUAUAUGGACCAAAAGUGAUUUCAUUAACCAAUCAUAUUAUGGAUGAGUUCGAUAAAAUAGUGGUAGACAAGAUAGAUAAAAUUACUGAUUUGAUUUGGUCUGCAUCUGCAUUGCGGAUAGAAGAGAAAGAUGUUAAAGGAGUGGUAAUAAAGGUUGCUGGUGUUACCACAGAGAUUGUGAGGAGCUUUUUAGUUGGCGUGGCUUUAAAAGGUUUAAAUGACAUA